CAUCCAACUACAGAAGAUAUUUUGUUAGGUAAGUGUGCUUCUGUCUGUCAACUUUAUACUCUGAGGUGCAGAUAUAAUAUGCAUGUUACUACAAGCCCCCUUAACCCCAAUGAAACUAAUUAGAUCCUUGACUGAAGGGAAGUCACAAUAGCAUGCUAGUAGGUUUGUGUCAUUACUGGCAUCCAGUGGGGACAUGUUGUCAUGUUUAUUUGGCCUACAGGCCUCUUCCUGGAAGGCUCUGUCAGCUACAGUACCUGGCAACAGCCUCAUGACCCAGUCAGGUGUGGCACUGGUAGUGAGAAGACUGAUUGCACCGUUGCUAAAGCUUGCUUUUAUAAUUAUCAAAGUAUGAACUAUAUCACAAAACAAUGUUCUACUGAGCUGAUGAUUUUAAUUUUGUGGUGUAACUGUAUUUUGUGUGUAGUGACCUAAGCAGACCCAGCCUCCCUACAUACACACGCUCCAGCACUUCAGCUGUACCCAGUCAUUAUCACCUAAUGACUGAAGCAAGUUUAAUCAGGCACAUUUUCACACCUCAUUACUAUAAAAGGAGCAUCAUUAUAUUAAUCAUUGCAUUUAUCAAGAAUGAAAAUGUGCAUGAAAAGAUUUCAAAGAAUGUAGAGGACCCGUAGAAAUUUCUUCCAUCAAAUGGAGACGGGCAUUCACAUUCAUAAUGUCAAAGCGAUGACAAAAUCUUCAUGUAGUCUUUUUUUUAGAACACAUCUUUGACAGCCAAAGCAUCCUGCUGUUCCUUCACAUAAUGAGAAUGAAGACGUGGGAAGAUGGCAGGGAAGUUCUCACUCCUCCUUACUUGACAUUAAUGGCUGACACAGGCUGUUAAUGCCAGCAGCAUAGUAGGCACUACCAUGGUUACCUGUGUGGAAACCAAGUCAUUAGGGACUUUGACUCCUCCCAUCCCAUGUCUCUUUCCCUGGCACCACAAACAUGUUUACCGAUCCCGACAUUGCCAAAGAAUGAGUAAAAUGACAACUUAAUUAUUCUACAAAAAUAAAACUGAGGCCUGAGCUUUGUGAAGAUCAUAUGAAUCAAAGGCUUUUCUUUUUGUAAUAACUGACUCACUUGUUUGUCAUACUGCUAUACUUCAUGGCAAUGCAAAAUAUCAAAUUGUGCGAAUUGUAAUGUUCAGUUUUGCAAAAAUGAAUGUCAUAUCAGUACACUGACAAAUGUAACUCCAAACAUACAUUUUAUACUUACCUGCUGGCUGCUGUGAUUUUGUGGUCCAUAAGGGACAGGUGGUGGAACAAGGGGAGGAGACAGACAGCCUCACAGGAAUUAGUCUUUGAAUACACCCUGAACAGUAAGUUCAGUGAACAGUGAGCAUCACCCCAAUGAGAAAAACAUGCACAUAAAAUGUGAUCGUUAAAUAUAUGGUUUAGAUAAGAAAAAUGGGUUGGAUGCUCUCCAUCUGGGUAGCUGUGGCUACUUUGACAGCUGUGGCCCUGCCGGUUCUCUGUAGGGGACAAAACAUUCAACAUGAAGGUAGGCAUCAAGACAGAUUUGAUGUAUUACCGAUAUGAUAUUUUGCUUUACCUACUACAGUUUGUUUUUAACAUUUGUAAUGUCAGAGAUGAUAGAUUAGACAUGUAUUAUGUUGUAAAUAAGUCAAAAUCAAAGAGCAUUUUUGAUGACUAACUCAAAAUGAAAGUGAAAUUUAGUGUCAUUAUACGGCCAGAGACUACCUACCAAAGACACUUAUCCAACAGUAAAAUUAACAAGAUGUAUUUAUUCUAGGAAAAAGCCUUUCUGCAUCUGGCUACCAUCUAUGUAUUCGCAAUGAGACAAGCAUUGUGAGUUUCCUUGUGAUGCACAAAGUCCCCUAUAUUGUGACAAAGCCUUGUGGCGGCUGGCUCCUGUGGAAGAUAUGCACAGUUACACUUUACAGGAUGACCUAUCAGACUGAGUACAAGACAGUGAUGAAACAGGUGACCAGGUGCUGCGAGGGAUACGUACAAGUUGGCCAUUACUGUGCCCUGCCUGUAAACAGGAGUGGGGAGUUCACUGCCAAGCCAGGAUCCUGUCCAAAUGCAGAUGGAUUGUAUCCCAGAUCUGAGGACUGUGACUGGGACAUAGACUGCCCAGGCUGGCAAAAAUGCUGCCAGAGAUCUGGUAGCUUUGUCUGCAGUGAUCCUGCAAGCUCAGCAAAUUAUUCUGAGAAUGGAGGAUACCGUUUCAAUGCGACAGUGACAGUGAAGACAGAUCACCACCAACUAAUGUCCAAGGAAAGAGGUCUUCUGAAUCACACAAGAUUGCUACAAGCAAUGGUGACUGGAGCUCUGCAGUCUGACCUGUCAGUCUAUUACCUGAGCUCAUGGCCUGUGCAUCCAUACAGAACUGCUACUUCACUGCUGAUUGUCUGCAACUCAACUCUUUCACUGUACAAUGUCACAUCGAGGCUGCAUCUUCUCCUCAAACACAUGCAGGAGGUGUCAUCUGUAACUGUGGAAGAUGUAGAUGAGUGUGCACACUCUUCUCUCUGUCAGUGUUCCCUUCAGGCAGAAUGUAACAAUACAGUGGGUUCCUACCAGUGCACCUGCCGUGGAGGAUAUGUUGAUGUUGAUCCCAGCAACCCUGGAGCUCAUUGCACAGCUGACAUCACUGUGUGGACCACCACAGAGGCCCCGCUGACCUCCCUUCCUCCCAUGAACAUGACCUUAACCCCAGCUUCCAAUACCACACAUGACCCUACAGGCAACAGCACCAUGGGUAUCUUCAACUCCACUGAGACCAACAUGACUACCUCAGCUCUGAGUAAUACAAGCUCUGUCUCUUAUAAUUCAUCACAUGCUCCGCACUGGACAAGUCCCGCACCUUAUACCAGCAUGAGCUCAACUGUGGAGUCACCUCUGCCAACAACCACAUGCUCUCCUCCCAGCAUCUCCAGUUUAGAGUUGGCCAAUGUCACUGGAACCUCCUUCUGUGUGACCUGGUCCAGCCAGUUUCAGACAAACCAGACCUAUCGGGUUGUUCUAACCCAGAGGUCAGAGGUCAAUAUGUGGGAGACCAGUCACACCAUGAUGGAAGUGAGGGGACUGCUGCCUGGAGUGCUCUACAAUGUUACUGUCACACCUUGCGUUUGUGGAAGCCAAGGAAACACCCUUCAUAUAUUGGUCAGAACUGAUGCUCAGACUCUUGACGCCACUGCGCGACUUACCAAAAUCCAGUUCACUGCUGACCUGCAGACCACCAGCAGUCAGGCCUACAAAAACCUCUCUGAGAGCAUUAUAGAGGAGAUCUACCAGUCUCUGUCUCCAGAGAUGAAGGCCAUGGUGGAUUCAGGCCAGGUGAGAAUCGAGAUCAGAAGCUUUUCCCCAGGCAGUGUGGUGGUCAAUUUCAGCAUUAUCCUCAUCCCCAAUCAAGGCCAAGACAUCAGAAAUGUGUCCACAGCUCUGCUUUACUCCCUGAUGAACAGCUCCAAAUACUCUGUGGAUGAAAACAACACAAGCAUAAAUGAUUAUGAUGAAUGUGCUUCAGGCGGAAAUGACUGUUCCCUGUGGGCUACAUGUACAAACACCUGGGCUUCCUACAUGUGUGUUUGUAAGGAUGGAUUUAUAGACAGCAACUCACAAAGGCCUGGAAGAGCCUGUCAAGCUACCUUGGAGACAACGACACCACCACUGCCACCAACAACAUUAUUUUCAGUUAGCACUACCACUUUUUCUCAAAUAACACUCUCAAGCAGUGAUCCAACUUUAACCACUACAACCACUGCAGUCAGAUCUACCACAUUGAUUUCAACCACUUCUACAACCACACAAACUGUUGCUACUACAGGAGUCCCAGUUGUAACCACUGCCCCAACCACCACCUCCUCUACUCCUACAAUCCCCUCUACCACCUCUACUCCCCCUAUAACCACAUCUACUGCCCCUAUAACUACCUCUACUGCUCCUACAACCACCUCUACUGCCCCUACAACCACCUCUACUGCACCAGCAACCACCUCUACUACCCCUACAACCACCUUUACUGCUCCUACAACCACUUCUACUGCCCCUACAACCACCUCUGCUGUCCCUACAACCACCUCUACUGCACUAGCAGCCACCUCUACUACCCCUACAACCACCUCUACUGCACCAGCAACCACUUUUACUGCACCAGCAGUAACCUCUACUGCCCCUAUACCCACCUCUACUGCACCAGCAACCACCUCAACUGCCCCCACAACCACCUCUACUGCACUAGUAGCCACCUCCACUGCCCCUACAACCACCUCUACUGCACCAGCAGUCACCUCUACUGCCCCUAUAACUAUCUCUACUGCACCAGCAACCACCUCUACUGCCCCUUCGGUCUCCUCUACUGCACCAACAAUCACAUCUACUGCCCGAACAACCACCUCUACUACCCCAACAACCACCUCUACUGCACCAACAACCACUUCUACUACCUCAACAACCACCAAUCCUUCAACGCCAUACAUGACUUCUACCCCUACAACCACCAUCACCAACCCCACUACCACCACUACAGCUUCUACAACUAAUGCGCCUGCCAUUAGAACUGCCAUCAAUGCCUCUAUAGGGGCCAUUUCAGUCCAGUGCAGGGUUGCUGCCAUCACUGUGACAGUUGCCAAAGACUUUCUACUGAGCAGCAAGAUCCGGGAGAGUGCCUUGUACCUGGGCCAGCAGGAAUGUGGUGUCAACAGCAGCAAUGCCACCCAUGCCCAGCUGACCGUAGCAUGGGAUGAGUGUGUCACUAGACUUGUGCAUAAUGACACCUACUACACAGCAUCUGUAACCCUGUUCAACACCAUGGAUCCAUACAUCUUACCCAGUGGAACAGUGGAGGUACCCAGAAUACGUCUAGAGGUUCCCGUCAUGUGUACCUACAUGAGGAGCAUGCUCAUGUCUGCAGACUUCGGCUCCAUGGGGUAUGACAUGAUCAAAGAUGUCAUCACUGGCUCCGGGUCAUUCCAGGUGACUGUGCAGUUGAUGAACGGUACAGUGCCUCUACCCCACAACUACAGCUUGUCCUCAGAGGAGGCUGUGGUGGUGGAGGUCAGCCUCAACACCUCUUCACAGAAGAUUAAAGUAGUUAUCAACAUGUGCUGGGCCACCCCGACCCCAAACUCUGCAGACACCAAUCGGUACAUCUUCCUGGACAACAGAUGCUCCCUGAACCAAUACACCAAAGUGUUGAUGAAUGGGAAUUCCAGCACAUCCCGUGUGUCUGUACAGAUAUUCUCCUUCGUCAACCUGAAUAUGAUCUAUCUGCACUGCCAGGUGCAGAUCUGUGUGCAGAUUGGAUCUGCUACCUGUGUGCCCGACUGUGUACAAAGAACAUCUCGGUCUUCAAACACAAUCGGAGCAGCUGUUGGUUCUACCGGGCCAAUACUCAGGUUUGAGAAUGAGUCCUUGGAGGAGGAACAUAACACUCUGCAGCUAGUUGGACUGUCCUGUCUAGGAGUCGGUUUGUCGCUCUUCUUCAUCAUUGGUUUCAUCUGCCUUUUCUACUACCAAAGGAAUCGCAUUGGACACUACAACUUCAGCGUCAAACCCAAGCAGGAGAACUUCACCUACCUUGUGUUUAACACUUAGAGGUGCAGCAGUACUCCAACAACCAAAGUCACAGUCACAAAAGAUAAAUGUUGCAGCAGAUACAUUUGGUCAGUGCGGCUGUGAGACACAGUCAUUCAUCAUGCUUUAUGGUCUGCGUGUGUGCAG